AUGACUGAACAUGUAGAGGAUGGUUCCUCUGCAAGAACGAAAUGGAAAGAACUCAGAGACGCACACAAGCAGCGACAGAAAGAGCUUCGGGAAAGUAGGCCCGAGCACAUUCAUAUCAAGGACGUUAUUACCGUUCCUGCCGAUGUCGACAUGAGGUCAUUUUCUGGAACGGAAGCUGAAUUAGCAGACUUCGAUCCGAAGAUGGUCUAUUCACCAUUUAUGCUCUCCAAAUACGGAAAGGAUUACGCGUUACACGCACGAGGAAUAUAUUAUCGCGACUCUUUCUCUGAGGACAUGGUGGUAUUCGACCGAAAGGUCUGGACCCCUUCUCUUCCCGAAAGCGAAAGCCGAAGUCCAGAGAUGCUUGAACAGCAAAUCCGCGCACGGAGUUUCGCUUACCACUCGAAAGACAAUGAGAGGUGGUGUAAGAGUGAGUAUGCCUGGGAGGCGGAUGCAUGGUCCGAUGUCUUUCGACAUCUGAGAGAUGAUCUUUGCCUGACAAUAGACAAACACGAAUAUACGGCACUCCUUCCCGACACCGACCCGGUAACUUGUCACCUCACAGGGACCUCCACCUUCGCAGAUUUACCCACCUGGACGCCUGAUCUACAUUCAGAUCGCUUAGAACGGCUGAUGUUCCACCCGAAAUAUGGACUCAUCUCCGAUCCACGGAUACCAGAUAUCGAUCUCUCUUUCCCAUUCAUGGUGUACGAGGCUAAAGGAUGGAGUGGUGAUUGUCGUGUGGCAAGACGGCAAGCGUGUUUAGCUGCUGCAACAUACCUUGAUAUGCUUGAUCGCCUGGCGCGACAGCCUGGACAAAUGAACAGCCCAAGGCCCUAUCAGACCAAAACUAGCCAUCAUUAUCAAGUGUUUGUCUUUACAUCACUCGGUGCUUACUGGCAUCUCCUGGUGGGCUACAGACGGCCACGCCUAUCGACCGAGCACGCGGGUGUGGAUGGGAUGAGCGAAACGGUAUACCUAUUUCAGAAAAUCUGGAGUGGUCACGUAAUUCAUGAGCAAGCUGCAAGGGAGCUGCUCUCGCUCAUUGACCAGAUCCACAUGUGGGCGAUAACAGAAUAUCGCAUAUUCGUUCUCGAACACCUUCGGCCCUGGCACCAACUCUGCGAGGAAAACUAUCUUCUUGAGUGGGACUCGAAGUACGAUGUCUGUGCGCACAAGAAGAGGAAGCGAGUCUGUAACGAGACGGAAGACUUGAUGGUUCCAGAUUGGGUUGCGGACUUGGACGAGCGGAGCAGAUGUGUCUUCCAGAGUCGGGCAAAACUCUCUCUGGAAGAAGCGAUCCGGCGGUCUCGCCUAGUCAAGGGGAAAUAUCUGUGCCAGGAGGAAAUCGAUUCCGAGUGGACCUGCAAGCUAGAUGGAUGCGGCAUCGAAGGCAGCUCCGACGAGGCCCUCUAUGAUCAUUUUCAAAGAACCCACGGCGUGGGGGAUCGCGAACUGGCCCUGUUAAGAUGGCAUUUCCAUGAAGAAUAUACGAAGAGGCGCGUCCAAGUCAGACAAAAUUACGGUGUAAUGGCUACUGGUCGCCGAUGGAAAGGCAGUUUGGGGACGCAAUAUCCGUUCCAAGAGUGGAGAGCUGAGAUUGAGAACAUUGUCUCCCACAGCCGGCCAAAGCACCGGCCCAAGCGUCGUAAAGUGUCCGAUUCUGUACAUGAUGGUCCGUCGUGA